ACUGCAGGAAAAGUUUCAGAAGAACAUGAGUUCGAGAAUGAAGGGUUUUGCAUUCUUUUUGCUGGCACUAUGUUCCUGUCUGUCUGGGACACAGGGUCAGGGAGACCACGAGGACCAGAAAGCAUGCUGCCCAUCUGACACUUGCUCUCUGAUGAAGGAACUGAUCUCUAUAGCAGAGAAACUAGGAGCCAUGGGAGAGAAACUGGGAACUAUGGGGGAUAACCUGAGACUCAUGGAGACCCGGUUACAAACCAGUGAGAAUGAAGUGGAGGAGCUGAAGAGACUAACUGGAGGUCGGCCUCAGGUGGCCUUCUCCGCAACUCUCUGGGAGACAGGCGAUGCCCCUGGGAACACAGGACCGUUCACCACUCCCAUUCCCCUGCAGUACAAGAAGGUCUUCUCAAACACCGGCAGCUCCUACAACCCUGCCACAGGUAUCUUCACUGCCACGGUCAAAGGAAUGUACUACUUCCGUUUCUCAAUGAUGAACAACCUGAACACCCCUCCUAAUUCUGUGGUGUGUUUGACCAAGAAUGGCCAGAGGCUGGUGUCUGUCUGGGACACUACAGGAUCUGAUGCCAACGACAGUGGCAGCAAUGCAGUGGUCAUUCCUCUGGAGGUGGGAGAUAACGUCUGUGUUGAGUUACAGGCUAACAGGCUGGUUUAUGAUGAUAGCAUGAACUACAACACCUUCAGCGGCUUCCUGCUCUUCACGAUGUAAACAUGGAACACAUUUCAACAGCUAAAUGGUUGAAAUUACUUUAUUUUCUUUAGUAGACAUAAAAUAGUAAUCUGUGCUUCAUAGCACACUGUGGGGUUAUAAUGCAGUGCAAUAAUGUAUAAGAGUAGGUUGUCAUCAGGUGGACAUGUAACUGUAUAAAUAAAUACAAAAUAUAUUGAUCCUAGAUGUAACUGAACAUUUUUGUAUGGUAAUGCUUCACUGAAGUGAAAAAAUUUAAUAACUUUUACUAUAUGUACAUGAACUUACAUCUGUCAAUAAACUUUUAACCAUUCAUGAAAAAA